CCCAAUUCAUGAGAUCGCAGCUCCUCCACACCUCACCACCUUCCUUCCCUGUAUAUUGCUUCGCUGCUACUUUACUUCCCUUGAGCAACUUUUGCUUCCGCGUCGCUGUGAAUCUGAAGAACAACAAGAAGAAGGAGAAGAUCGGAGGCGUCUGAUACGCGUUUAAUUUGAUUAAAGCUGAUUUAAUUGUGGUUGGUGAACUGGGUUUUGGAUUCAGGGUUCGAUCAAGAGACCAUAAAAUUUUGUGCAUUCUACUUGUUUUUGCAUAAAACAUGUGGAGAUUUAAGCCAUUCAUGCAAAAAGAGCCAGCUGGGCUUGAAGGCCGUUCUAUUGACAUUGGUAAUCUUAAAGUAAAUAUCCUGAAGGCCAUUGCUGAAGGAGGGUUCUCUUGUGUCUACUUGGCCCGUGAUGCUGUACACAUGUCAAAACAAUAUGCUUUGAAGCACAUGAUAUGCAAUGAUGAAGAAUCGCUUGAAUUAGUAAAGAAGGAGAUUUCAGUCAUGAAGUCAUUGAAAGGGCACCCCAAUGUGGUCACACUUUAUGCUCAUACAGUCUUUGAUAUGGGUAGGACGAAAGAGGCUUUCAUUGUUAUGGAAUUUUGUGAUAAGUCUCUAGUUAAUGUGCUGGAGAGCCGAGGUUCUGGUUAUUUUGAUGAGAAGCAGGUUCUUCUAAUCUUCAGGGAUGUAUGUAAUGCAGUUUUUGCUAUGCACUGCCAAUCCCCACCUAUUGCUCACCGAGACUUGAAAGCUGAGAAUCUUUUAUUAGGCCCAGAUGGUUUAUGGAAAUUAUGUGAUUUUGGGAGUACUUCCACCAAUCACAAGCGUUUUGAGAAACCAGAAGAAAUGGGAAUUGAGGAAGACAAUAUCAGGAAGCAUACAACUCCUGCCUACCGGGCCCCUGAGAUGUGGGAUCUGUUCCUGAGAGAAGUCAUCAACGAGAAAGUGGACAUAUGGGCAUUGGGGUGUCUUCUUUUCCGCAUAUGCUACUUCAAAAGUGCAUUUGAUGGUGAAUCAAAAUUGCAAGUCUUAAAUGGAAACUAUCGCAUUCCUGAUUUGCCAAAAUACAGCUCAUCCAUCACGGACCUAAUCAGAGAUAUGCUCCAGGCCAGACCAGACGACAGACCAGAUAUCACGCAGGUCUGGUUUCGUAUCAAUGAGCAGUUACCUAUCGAUCUGCAGAAGUCAUUACCUGACAGACCACCUGAAUUGCCAUCUUCCAACAUGCACGAAGCAGGUUCUGCAAAGCCUGCAACUCAGUCAUCUCCAGUGCCUCGUCGGAGUCCACCCCCUCCACCCUUAUCUGGAGAAACCAAAAAUUCGUCACAGACAUCCAAUUCUUCUAGUGGAGGGGGAAGUGGAGGACAGCUUGGCGCUUUCUGGUCUAGUAUGCAUGCAAAGGACUCGUCUGUCUCUGAGGUUAAGAGCAGACCGAUAUUUGAUGAAGAGCCAUCUAGCCAUCAUGUCUCAGCAAAACAUGAUAAAAUUCGUUCUGAAAAUAACCAAUUAUCCAAAAAUGUUGGUGGUAAAAAAGUGGAAAAUGGACAGCCGCUAAAUGUAAAAAACAGUGAACAUGGAAAAUCAUACAAACUUGAUACUGGAUCUUCCAAGGACUUUGAGAUAAAAUUUUACCAGGACACACAUCAAGCUGGUGCGAGGCGAGCUUCUUUGAGUAAGGAGAACGCUGCUGCCUUCCAAGACAAGGCUUUUGACACAUUUGUUGCUGAAUUUGAUACGAGUAAGCUUAGCUCUGGAUUCAGUGAUAAAAAACCUGAAAAGGAGGAAGCAUUGGAGGCUGAGAUGGGGAAACUGAGAGCGCAGCUGAAGGAAGCUCAGCUGGAGAAGGCUGAAAUUACUUCAAAGUAUGAAAAGCUCUCUGCCAUCUGCCGAUCUCAAAGGCAAGAGAUACAGGAACUCAGGCAAACAAUUGCAGCAAGAACUCCAUCACCAAAGAGAGAUGGUUUGAGCGCCUCUCCUACAGUUCCAUUAUCUGCCACCACGCAGAGGGAGAAGGUUAGCGGGACAAUGUGGGAACUCCAGCAAAACAAAACUGAGACAAAAAGUCCGAGUUCAGAACCAAAGUCAUGGCAAGCUUUUGCAGAGGAACCCCAGCAACAAAAUUCUGCUUCUGCGGACAGCAGAGCCAAAUCUGUUAGGACCAGAAAAAUUUAUCAAAACGAGCAACCAGUCCAACCAACUUCAGAUUUUGAUUCAUGGGGUUUUGGAACAGAUAGUUUCACUGCUGUGUCUUCUGCUGGCAUUUCACAGAAGCCUAGACCACCUAGCACAGAAGCGAGUAAUUCUCAGUCUCAGGCUUUUGGUAAUGCCAAGACAUAUGAGAGCAAGUCAGCUUCCCAACCUGCUGGAUGGGCUGGUUUCUAAUUAUCUGGGAAGAUGUGACAGAGAAACGCACAUGGUGAUUGCACUGAAACAUGUUUAUCUUUUGUUGCCCCAGAAGUAAAAUGGGUGGGAACUUUAUGUAGUUAUUAUAAAUAUACGCAUCCAGCUUGUUUGAUUUGUUGUGCGGUUUGAGUGCUCGUGUUUCAUUCUGGGAGGUUAUUGUUACGAAAAACGCUGUUUGGUACUUUGGUACCUAUGAUUUUAAUAUUUUGGAAUGGUUAAUCAUUAAUAACAUUAACAUUAAAAAGUUCAAA